AUGUGGAGCCAGAGGUUAGAGGAGGAGCCAGAGGUCAGAGGUAGAUCCAGAGGUCAGAGGAGGAGACAGAGGUCAGAGGAGGAGCCAGAGGUCAGAGGUGGAGCCAGAGGCCAGAGGUGGAGCCAAAGGUCAGAGAAGGAGUCAGAGGUCAGAGGAGGAGCCAGAGGUCAGAGGUGUAGUCAGAGGUGUAGUCAGAGGUCAGAGGUGGAGCCAGAGGUCAGAGGUAGAACCAGAGAGGUCAGAGGAGGAUCCAGAGGUCAGAGGAGGAGCCAGAGGUCAGAGGUGGAGUCAGAGGACGAUCCAGAGGUCAGAGGUGGAGCCAGAGGUCAGAGGUGGAGCCAGAGGUCAGAAGAGGAGCCAGAGGUCAGAGGUGGAGUCAGAGGUCAGAGGAGGAUCCAGAGGUCAGAGGUAGAGCCAGAGGUCAGAGGAGGAUCCAGAGGUCAGAGGUGGAGUCAGAGGUCAGAGGAGGAGCCAGAGGUCAGAGGUGGAGUCAGAGGUGUAGUUAGAGGUCGAUUCAGAGGUCAGAGGAGGAUCCAGAUGUCAGAGGAGGGGCCAGAGGUCAGAGGUGGAGCCAGAGUCAGAGGUGGAGUCAGAGGUCAGAGGUGGAGUCAGAGGUCACAGGUGGAGCCAGAGGUCAGAGGUGGAGCCAGAAGUCAGAGGUGGAGUCAGAGGUCAGAGGUGGAGCCAGAGGUCAGAGGUGGAGUCAGAGGUCAGAGGUGGAGUCAGAGGUCAGCGAUGGAGUCUGAGGUCAGAGGUGGAGUCAGAGGUCAGAGAUGGAGUCAGAGGUCAGAGGUGGAGUCAGAGAUGGAGUCAGAGGUCAGAGGUGGAGUCAGAGGUGUAGUUAGAGGUCGAGUCAGAGGUCAGAGGAGGAUCCAGAUGUCAGAGGAGGGGCCAGAGGUCAGAGGUGGAGCCAGAGUCAGAGGUGGAGUCAGAGGUCAGAGGUGGAGUCAGAGGUCACAGGUGGAGCCAGAGGUCAGAGGUGUAGUCAGAGGUCAGAGGUGUAGUCAGAGGUCAGAGGUGGAGCCAGAGGUCAGAGGUGGAGUCAGAGGUCAGAGGUGGAGUCAGAGGUCAGCGAUGGAGUCUGAGGUCAGAGGUGGAGUCAGAGGUCAGAGAUGGAGUCAGAGGUCAGAGGUGGAGUCAGAGAUGGAGUCAGAGGUCAGAGGUGGAGUCAGAGAGGUCAGAGAUGGAGUCAGAGGUCAGAGGUGGAGUCAGAGGUCAGAGGUGGAGUCAGAGGUCAGAGAUGGAGUCAGAGGUCAGAGAUGGAGUCAGAGGUCAGAGGUGGAGUCAGAGGUCAGAGGUGGAGCCAUAGGUCAGAGGUGUAGUCAGAGGUCGAGUCAGAGGUCAGAGGAGGAUCCAGAGGUCAGAGGAGGAGCCAGAGGUCAGAGGUGGAGUCAGAGGUCAGAGGACGAUCCAGAGGUCAGAGGUGGAGCCAGAGGUCAGAGGUGGAGCCAGAGGUCAGAAGAGGAGCCAGAGGUCAGAGGUGGAGUCAGAGGUCAGAGGAGGAUCCAGAGGUCAGAGGUAGAGCCAGAGGUCAGAGGAGGAUCCAGAGGUCAGAGGUGGAGUCAGAGGUCAGAGGAGGAGCCAGAGGUCAGAGGUGGAGUCAGAGGUGUAGUUAGAGGUCGAGUCAGAGGUCAGAGGAGGAUCCAGAUGUCAGAGGAGGGGCCAGAGGUCAGAGGUGGAGCCAGAGUCAGAGGUGGAGUCAGAGGUCAGAGGUGGAGUCAGAGGUCACAGGUGGAGCCAGAGGUCAGAGGUGGAGCCAGAAGUCAGAGGUGGAGUCAGAGGUCAGAGGUGGAGCCAGAGGUCAGAGGUGGAGUCAGAGGUCAGAGGUGGAGUCAGAGGUCAGCGAUGGAGUCUGAGGUCAGAGGUGGAGUCAGAGGUCAGAGAUGGAGUCAGAGGUCAGAGGUGGAGUCAGAGAUGGAGUCAGAGGUCAGAGGUGGAGUCAGAGGUGUAGUUAGAGGUCGAGUCAGAGGUCAGAGGAGGAUCCAGAUGUCAGAGGAGGGGCCAGAGGUCAGAGGUGGAGCCAGAGUCAGAGGUGGAGUCAGAGGUCAGAGGUGGAGUCAGAGGUCACAGGUGGAGCCAGAGGUCAGAGGUGUAGUCAGAGGUCAGAGGUGUAGUCAGAGGUCAGAGGUGGAGCCAGAGGUCAGAGGUGGAGUCAGAGGUCAGAGGUGGAGUCAGAGGUCAGCGAUGGAGUCUGAGGUCAGAGGUGGAGUCAGAGGUCAGAGAUGGAGUCAGAGGUCAGAGGUGGAGUCAGAGAUGGAGUCAGAGGUCAGAGGUGGAGUCAGAGGUCAGAGGUGGAGUCAGAGAUCAGAGAUGGAGUCAGAGGUGAAGUCAGAGGUCAGAGGUGGAGUCAGAGGUCAGAGAUGGAGUCAGAGGUCAGAGGUGGAGUCAGAGGUCAGAGGUGGAGUCAGAGGUCAGAGAUGGAGUCAGAGGUCAGAGAUGGAGUCAGAGGUCAGAGGUGGAGUCAGAGGUCAGAGGUGGAGUCAGAGGUCAGAGAUGGAGUCAGAGGUCAGAGGUGGAGUCAGAGGUCAGAGGUGGAGUCAGAGGUCAGAGAUGGAGUCAGAGGUCAGAGGUGGAGUCAGAGGUCAGAGAUGGAGUCAGAGGUCAGAGAUGGAGUCAGAGGUCAGAGAUGGAGUCAGAGGUGGAGUCAGAUGCCAGAGAUGGAGUCAGAGGUCAGAGGUGGAGUCAGAGGUGGAGUCAGAGGUCAGAGGUGGAGCCUGCUUCAUCCAAGACUCUUAUUCUGGGUUUUUUUCUUCUAUAAAAUUAUCAGGGUUUGAAUAA